AUGCCGGUCAGUUUGAAAUCGCAAACUUCGGCUUUGCCUCGACUUUUCACUCUCCCACAAAGGUCAACCCGUUCCAUCUUGAGGAGCCGUCUUGCCCAACUACCCUUGACUUCACAGACCGUACGGCAAUCCUUGGUCAGACCGAGCGUCCGGAGAUUCGGCUGCCCCUCCACGUCAAACUUCAGACGAUUUCACUCACCUGCUUCACGACAGUUGCCGGAUCCCUCCAACUCCAGGGCCUCACGUGUCUUGCUUCAAUCUCGAAUCGACUUUGUUAUCUACUCCUUCGCUGUCGCCUUCGUGUGUCUCUGCGGCGUGUUGUACCAACAGCCCGCUGACUCUAACGUCGCUGCUAUUGCCGGUACCGAGACUCGAUCGAAGACUCACUCAUCAGCCACCAUGGCAACGGAAACACCCCCUGGAAGACCGGGAAAUCUCACCCCGGAACAGGAGGAGAAGCUGCGCCAGCUAUGGAACCUGAUUCUGUCUUUGGGAGAUGAUCCAAACACCACUGCCGCAGAUAGCGCAUCUGCCAGCAUAGCCCCGAGCGAGACCUCGGCUGUCGAAAAGGGCGAGAAGCCCAAGAAGAAGCGAGUCUCACUCUUCGGUCGCAAGGACAAGAAAGAAGCUGGGUCGGCAAACUCUUCGGCUCCUGUCCAGACUACCGUCAAGGAAGAUGGUGAUGACAAGUAUGGCCAGACUAAGCAGUUUCAGGAGGCCUUAGCCAACCAAAGUCCCGAGGCUCUGCGCGCCACAAUUUGGGCCAUGGUCAAGCAUGACCACCCGGAUGCCCUUGCGCUGCGCUUUCUGAGAGCGCGCAAGUGGGAUGUUGAGAAGGCCUUUGUCAUGAUGAUCUCCACCAUGAACUGGAGGUUAACAGAGAUGAAGGUUGACGAGGAAAUCAUGAGGACUGGCGAGGCUGGUGCUUUGGAAGCUUCGAGGAGCUCGGAUGCCAACGUAAAGAAGCUCGGUGAGGAUUUCAUGGCUCAAGCCCGGUCAGGCAAGACCUUCAUUCACGGCCUCGACAAGGCAGGACGGCCAAUCUGCCAGGUCAGAGUACGAAUGCACAGGCAAGGAGAACAAUGCGAGGAGAGCCUCGAGAAGUACACUGUAUUCUUGAUUGAGACAGCACGGAUGGUGUUGGCGGCUCCCGUGGACACUGCUACGAUUGUCUUUGAUAUGACCGGCUUCUCCAUGGCAAACAUGGACUACACCCCCGUCAAGUUCAUGAUCAAGUGUUUCGAGGCCAACUACCCUGAAUCUCUUGGAACUGUCCUCGUUCACCGUGCUCCUUGGGUCUUUCAAGGAAUCUGGAAGAUUAUCAAGGGCUGGCUCGACCCGGUCGUCGCAGCCAAGGUUCACUUCACCAAUAACGUUAAGGAGAUGUCGGAGUUCAUUGAUCCGGGGCACAUUCUCAAGGAGCUCGACGGCCAGGAGGAUUGGGACUACAAGUAUGUGGAGCCGGUCGCCGGAGAGAACGACAAGAUGACGGACACUGCAACACGAGAUGCACUGGUGUCUGGCCGAGAAGAGCUCAUCCAUCAGUAUGAAGAAACGACCCUGCAAUGGAUCAAGGGAGCCGGAACGGACAAGGAGCCUGCCAUUAAGGCCCAGCGCGAGGAGCUUGCCCGCAAGCUGAGAGAUGACUACUGGAAGCUGGACCCGUACAUCCGCGCCAAGUGCUUCCUGGACCGGACUGGCGUCAUCCAGGAGGGUGGAAAGAUCGAUAUGUAUUCCAAGGGAGCCCCCAUGCUUCAAUCUACCAACGGCGCGCCCAAGGUCGAUACCUCGGCUGAUGAUGUAGACUAG